AUGGGAGACGGCGCAUGGGUGAAAGUAAAGUGGAACCGUCGCGUUGGUCUGAUCUGCAAAAUUGCUAGUGUGGACAAGGUGCCGGAUAAAAUAACGAUUAAACGGAAGAUAGCAUAUAGCUUCGUAGCCAAUCUCCGACGGCAACAGAUACUGCUCUGCUUGCUGUCACCAGCAAUUUUCGCUCGGCCACAGAAUCCUAAUGACGAGCCAUUUCUACCGAUACAUCCGAUCUACCCUUACAGCCUUAAAUUAUUUAAGCGAGGCACCGAGGGAGAAGCAAACUCUCAAUUAACAUCGGAACUGUACGCGCCGAAAGUCGACGCCAAGGACACCUACAGCUCCAGCUACAGCAGCAAUUACCAAAGGGCUUCUUCUUAUCCCGAUAAUAAUCCGUAUCUCACAAACAGCACACCCUCAUACGUCUAUCCCUCGUACCACAACAGCGGCGAGGCCUAUGUCUACGCUAACGUGCCGUAUCCCGCCUAUAAUUCAUAUCCCGCCUCGUACGCGGUGAAUCCGGCGUCGUAUCCAGUGCCGUCGUAUCCAAACUAUUACUACCAGCCGCCCUAUUACUACCCUCAUUACUUCACUCACGCCCUGUUCCUGCCACCGCCGCCGCCGCCGCCGUCGUCGUCAGGGAUCGACUAUCGCGAGACAUCGCAAGUUCCCGUUGCGGAGGGCGAUAAGCAGGACGCGGAUAAAAAGGGUGAGAGAGCGAACGUGGACGGGACGAGCCAAAACGCGCCUCAGUUCGUGGACGGCGGAAACUACAUAGCCGGAAACUCGCGGGACCUCGACGUGCAAUCCAGCACGUACAAAUUGGCCAGUCCGUACAACCAACUCGCGGGAGUUCAAGUGAAAAAUCUGAAUCUGCCGAUUUCCUUGCCGAGGACGACGUAUGGAGUCAUCAACGUAGGGGGGCAGUCUGUAAGUCCGGAUUAUUCGCUGCCCACUGCGUACGUCAGGGCUCAGCAGGUUGAGCAGAUGACUAGCCAGGCGUUGGCCGAUCUACUGGCGCAGAACGCGCGACAGCAAUCCGGUCAUUCCUAUGAGAAUAGCAGGGACACUCUGAACUAUGCCAACGAUGGAUCGUACGAGAACCAGGGUGCUUACAAUCCAAACGCGCCGUCGUACAUGAUUCUUUCAGACGCGAGGAGCAAAACCGGCGGUGUCACCUACGUGAUCGAUUCCGUCGGAAUCGCCAAAGUCAAUGGGGAACAAAUGAAGCAGCAGGGCGCGUCGUCUCAGAAAGCUUCGAGUAAGAAUGCAAAGUACUCGAACGCUUACGCUCAAAAACCGGCGUCGCGGAAUCAUUCUCAAGCAGCGACGUACAUAUCGCCCGAAAGUAAUCAUCGCGCUCGCGUGAGCAGCAAUCAAUCGGCAGGUCAAUCUGUCAAAUACGGCAAUUAUGACGCGUCGCAGAGUUACGGCGGCACUUACAGUCAGUCCGGCAACAAGCAGGAACAGAAUUACGGGACGUAUCAGAGUCAGCCGGGUUCUUAUCAGAGUGAAGGUUUCGUUGUCGCUCCUCAGACACCUCGAUUGCACAGUUAUCAGUACUCCGCUUACGAGUCGGAUCAGGUGCAGCAGCCGCAGCAAGAUGAGACCAAUACUAACAGCGGCACUUUUGGAACUAAACAAUUUAAAGGAUAA